GUAACGCGUGGACAGACACGGGUUUCUUAAAGCAGCAGUGCUUCAACCUUGGACUUCUUAGUUCGAUUUCGGUUAUUUUGGUUCUGACCGCGAGAUAUUUGGUGCCACUGCACGACAGUUUAAUUCUGAGAGCGUGAAAAUAUCGGUACCUGAAACACCACUUAAUUAAUUAGCUAACCGAAGGCCAAUUGCCAACGGGAGUCUUCCUAGGCAGUAGUAGUGAACCCUUGCAAACCGUUCUAUAAAAAUAAAUGAAUCGAUGGUUUUACAGCAACAGCAUUUCUUCAAAUAUCAUCAUAAUCAUACUGUGUUGUUGAUAAUUUAUCUGUCAAUUCUGAGAAGGUCUACCUCAUGAAUUCAACAAUAGACCCUAAGUAAAUGAUCUUACUUAGCUUUAACAUCUACAUGUAACAUCCACAAACGGCAAUCUUAGACACAUUAGCUACUAAAACGGGAAAUAGCUCUACAAUCAACAAAUGCAAAAUUAAAUGCAAAGGUAGCCUACAAUAAUACACCUUUUGAGCAAGAAAUAAAAAAUAUUGAUGGGCACAGCGACGAGGAUAUAAAUAAAACACUAAAAUAAUGUAUUAUUUCCGUGCUGUGCCGUCGUGCUUAUAAACAUGCUGUGUCGUGGAUCUUACUAAGGCAGUGACUGCAAAAGCACACUGUACUUUUUACUCGUCUAUCAAUAUGCAAACAAAUAAGCAUAUAGUUCUGCAUCAAUUGACCUGCUCUGACAUAGGAUGGCACGGACAAUUCGGUAUUAAUGGAAUUAAACAACAUUGAUGAAGCAGCGAAGACGCUGAUUGAGAAUUAUGGGUAGGCCUACAGACAUCGAUAGUUCAGCUCCUUUUUGUUUAUUGUAUUGUUUAUGGUUGCUUAUUUGCGUUAUUUCUCCAAUCAUCGUCAUGUGCAUUUUAAGAGCAUUUUCAGUAUUCUCAGCAAAUCUUAUUAGCAUUUUCCAAAAAGACGUGCUUCCCACUCCCGGUUUUCAUGGUAUCGAAUCAAUAAGCUUCAAAAGUCUAAUUAUGUGCAGGAAUACACACUAAUAUACGUCCUCAAGUAGCCUAUACCCUACAGUCGUUUAUUUGCGUCCAGUAUACUUCAGACCAAGAUAAGGCUAAAUCAGUAUCAGACAAAAUCAGACUAAACCGAUAAAUAAGAAUGUUGCCAUGUAGAAUUUAGCAUGCUAAAUGUUAUUUUAAUAGUUUGCAUAGGUUCAGAACUGGGUGAAUGUAGGCUACAUGUUGGUAUUCCAAGGGCCAAUCUUUGAUUUUACCGGGGGGGAGGGGGUGAUAUUAAGAAUUACUGGCUUAUGACUUCAAAAUGCAUUCACUUUUAAUGACAAUACAUAACAGUUACAGUAAGUGCGAAUGUUUGGCAGUUUUCGUUAUUCUCGCUCCAGGGGUACACACAGCAGAUCCUCCAAAUGGCUGAGUGAGGGGCGGUACUGUCUCUUUAAAUUUACCCAGGAGCCCCUUAAGGAGCCCCAGGGGCCCCAAGCUCGGCUCCCCACCCUGAAGACAAGCAGAGCCUAAAAUCCGUCCAGGAGGCCACACCAACAAACUAUUAACUUCACAUACUUGUACUUGUAGCCUGCUACGCGGCAGAUAAAGCGAAAUAAUAUAGCCUAGUGUCGAUAUGUAAAAAAAAAAAAGUUAACUUGGCUCCUGCGCUGUGCGUUCAACUGGAGGGGGGUAACAGAAUGGAGACAGCACGGCACUCAGUUGUGGGUGCGUGCGUGUUUCCGAUAUAUUUCUGAAAGGGGUUCGCCGAAUGGUCUUUAAUGCCUCGUUCCCUGGCGCAUGCAGCCUUCGGAAUUAAAGCCACUGUCAAAACCUGACGCGCUAUAGAAUAAUGGAAGAAGACGAGCCGAUGGAAUGCGGAUCCGAGGUGCACCCAUGCCCAGAACAGAUAGAUUCUCUCUCAUUAAUAAUAAGCGUAGAAGAGGAAGAAACCCAAAGGCAUAGCGACUCCGGACUCCAUUCAGCAGGGGAAGACGGCGGGACGAACAGCCACGGGACGGACGACGGCGAGGACCCCGCCGCGCCCCUCUGCUCCCCGGGCACCAGUUACUGGCGGGUCACCGAGGGUGCCGACUUCCCCUUCCUGCUGUCGCCGGCGGCCAAGCCGGCGGAGCCGGGCGAGCAGGCGGCGGCGGGGGCGGGGGCGCGCUCGGAGCGGGCCUCGCGGCCGGGCCUGAGCCGCAUCCCCGGCCGCGACCACCGCCGGUACUACCACGAGUACUGGCGCAGCGAGUACCUGAUGGACUUCGACCCGCGCCGGCACGGCAUGGUGUGCAUGGUGUGCGGCAGCGCGCUGGCCACGCUCAAGCUCAGCACCAUCAAGCGCCACAUCCGCCAGAAGCACCCGGACUCGCUGCUGUGGAGCGCCGCCGACAAGGACGUGAUCCGCUCGGGCUGGGAGAGCCACCUGGGCCCGGAGGGCGAGCGCUGGCGGCCGUCCUGCGCGGCCGGGGGCGGGGCCGGGGGCGGGGCCGGCCCGGGCCAGUACCAGGUGCUGCACUGUGCGCGGCGCUCCACUGCCAAACCGGCCGUCCCCGCCACCCCGAAGCGGCAGCCCUCAUUGGUCGGCGGCGGCGGCGGCGGGGCGGCGGCGGCCUCCCCCUGCGCCUCCCCCUGCACCUCCCCGGGCGGCUCGGCGCGCACGCUGGAGCGGUACCUGAACGACUCGCUGCACGCCUGGUUCCGGCAGGAGUUCCUGAUGGAGUACGAGGCCGGGCGCGGCCGGCUCCUCUGCAUGGUGUGCGGCAGCCAGCUGCCCUCCCUGCACCUGGACCACAUCAAGAGGCACGUGCUGGACGUCCACCCAAACUCCCUGGUGUACAGCGCCGAGGAGAAGCACUGCAUCCUGCAGACCUGGGCCCAGAGACAAGAGUACGACCCCCUGAGGAGCAGUACCCCCGUGAAAUCUGAGCCCUGGGCCGAGGACGGGGGAACCCGGACGGACGGGUUCCACACGGCGGAACCGCAGAACCCUGGGACUGUGAAGGGCAGGGGCCCUGGGCGGGGUACCGGGGCCCAGAACCGGGGGCCCCGUCCGCACGGCCCCUCCCGGGGCAGGAGCCCCCGCGCCCCCCUCCCGCAGCGCUGGCGCCUGGAGUACCUGGUGGCGCGUGGGCCGGGGGGGCGGGGCUUGUGCUGCGUUGUGUGCUCCGAGCCCCUGCCCGUGGGCAGGGUCAGCAGCUUCCGCCAGCACACGCUGGAGCGCCACCCGGAGGCCGCCGGCCUCAGCCGCCAGGAGCGCCAAGAGCUGGCGGACGCCUGGGACCGUGAAGCCACGCCCCCGCCGCACCUGCCACACCUGCCACCGCCGCCGCCACCUGGGGGCGAAGUCUUGCAAAUGCAAGAAGAAGCCGCCCCGAAUGCACCCGCCACCCUGGCCGUGGCGGCGCGGGGGGGGAGAACCGGGCCCCCCCGCGGAACGGCCGAGCGAAACGCCGGCGACGGGACGGAGGAGGGGGGCGGAGGCGGGGGGGGAGUGGCGCCCAGGGAGGGGGCGACGGCGGGGAGGCACGGGCACUACCCGGGCAAGGACCAGCGGCGGAACUACCAGGCGCGCUGGCGCAUGGAGUACCUGAUGGACUACGACUGCCGGCGGCACGGCCUGGUCUGCAUGGUGUGCGGCAGCGCGCUGGCCACGCUCAAGGUCAGCACCAUCAAGCGGCACAUCCGGCAGGUGCACCCGGACUCGCUGGCCUACGGCGCCGCCGAGCGGCAGCUGGUGGUGCUCAUCUACAACCAGACGGCGCUGCGCUUCGUCCACUCCGACGGCUGCUUCGCCACCGCCGCCGACCGCGGGCACGCCGGCCACCCGGACGACGCCGCCGCCGCCGCCCCCGCCGGCCUCUUUCCCACCUGGGGGGCGGGGACGCCGCCCCCCACCCCCCGGCACCCCCUACCGUCCGGCUCCAAAAGCGCGGGCCUCAGCCGCCUGGAGCGCCGGGCGCUGGCGGACGCCUGGGACCGGGAGGCCGCGCGGCCGCCGCCGCCGCACCCGCCAGAGCCGCCGCCGGAGCCGUCGGGGGGCGGAGUUCUGGAGCCCUCCCUCCGCCCGGAUCACGUCAAGAGCGCCAAAAACGCGUGGUGGGAAGGGGAGGGCCUGGACGUGCCGUGA